CGUAGCGGACACAAGAGGGCGACACAGGACUAUUUACUGAUGCUUCAACGUGAUCAAGGACGAGGUUUCUCAGCCCGGGCUCGAUGGCGUUCCGAAACUGCUCUCAGUAUCAAGGCCUGCUGUGACUGUAUUUGCUCUGAGAUGGAUAGGGCAAGUGUACGCUCAUGCGGAAAUACACAGACCUUUGAAGUGGCCCUCUGUCACCACAUGGCAGAUCCCCCUAGUGUGAUCCCUCUGUCCAUUUGGCCAAAGGACCAACAUUGGAUGGUAGCAAACACCCAUCUGUGCAGUUACCAGUGCCACUUUCCUGUGUUGGAUGGGCUUUGCACUCAGACAAGCAUGCAGUCAAUGGGAAUCCAACUGUGGAGCCUUUCCCAGAAGGGAUGGAGACCAUCAUGUUUGGAAUGGGCUGUUUCUGGGGAGCCGAGAAACUUUUCUGGCGACUUCCGGGAGUCUUCUCCACACAAGUGGGCUAUGCAAGUGGCUUCACACCAAACCCCACUUACGAAGAGGUCUGCUCAGGUCUGACAGGUCACACCGAGGUGGUGAGAGUGGUGUUCGCCCCCCAAGACAUCAGCCUUGAAGAACUGCUUAAACACUUUUGGGAGAACCACGAUCCAACACAAGGUAUGAAGCAGCACAAUGACCAAGGUACUCAGUAUCGUUCAGCCAUUUACACAUCCAACCCCACUCACCAGGAGAUUGCGCUGCAGAGUAAAGUGGCCUUCCAGCAGGAGCUGGAGAAAAAAGGAUAUGGUCCCAUUACAACUGAGAUUCUGGAGGGGCAGCAGUUUUACUACGCUGAGGACUAUCACCAGCAGUACCUGAAGAAGGUACCUAAAGGCUACUGUGGCCUCAAAGGCACCGGGAUCUCCUGUCCCAUCGGCGCCAGGAAGGAUGAACUGUGAGCCAUGUGUGGUGAGAGAGGGAAAAUAUUCAGCUCACAGAAUAUGCUUAUAGGCACUAAUGUCAUUGUUCGCGGUCCAUGCCUCUAAUUUAUUUUCUUUUUCUUAUAAAUGGACUGUAUCUACAAUGCAUCUGUCUUUAUUUGUAAGAUAAUAACACAUUAGUCAACAUCAUUACUGAGCCUCAUAUUUGUUAUAAGCUUCAGUAAGUCCUGGCUGCCUGCCAGCUAUGGAGAAUACAUACAGUAUGUGUAAAAGAUCUUUGAGAGAUUUUCUAAAUAAAACAAAACAAAAAAAAACUUGAAAAACUUGGACAGCAAUGACAUAAAUCAAAUGUUUAAAAGCUGCAUAAAAGUUAAUUUGAAACAUGAUUGAAUUUUGUAUUGCUGUGCUCUUUUUGACUGCAGUAACUAACAGCUUCCAGAGGGUGGCGAGGUUUCACAAAAGAAAUCCAUACAUUAUGUUUAAUAUACACAUAAUGUGGGAUGAUAUUGCAAAGGAAGGGUGUAUAAACAUUGUCUUGGUAAACUGGGAGAUGAAACGGUUUUCUAACCUGGUCCGUGUAAUCCGUCUCACCUCCAACACUGCCACAACACUGUGACAAAGCUCAGCUUCUUAUACUUCGUAGCAGGCAAAGACACCAAUACCAGCUUGAUUUUAACGCUGUUUUUCUUUAGUUUUUAACUUUUCUAAACGUUGCAUUUAAUUUUUUUUAUUGCUCAUUGCCUUUCUUAUUAUGACACUGGAAAUAAAAACGUUUCUCCUCCAACCUUA